AUGUCAACGAUUGAGAUCGUUGUCAACCCUCGGGGUAAACCAAUUCGAAAACUCCCAAAGGAGGUUACUGUAUCCACGGCUGCCCCGGCUAGCGAUAUUUACAAUACCAUAGCUCAGAAAUCUGGUUAUUCGGUGCAUCGGCUCAGAGUCACAAAGGGUUCAGAUGGGAGCACGUUGCCCAAUGGAUCGCAGACCAUUCAGGAAACCGGACUUAAGGCGCAGAGUGUAGUGUAUGUCAAAGACUUGGGUCCUCAGCUCGGCUGGCGAUUUGUAUACGUAAUCGAAUACCUCGGCCCUCUUCUUAUUAUUCCCGCCAGCUUAUACUUGUUACGGCCCUAUCUGUACUUCAACUUCGAACAAAUCCCGGAACCGUCAUGGCCUCAACAGCUUGUGUGCGCAUUGCUGGUUGUUCACUUCUUGAAACGUGAAUAUGAGACACUUUUCAUUCAUCGCUUUAGUCUUGCAACUAUGCCGGCUCGGAACAUCUUCAAAAACUGCGGUCACUAUUGGGCACUGGCUGGUGCCAACAUUGCGUACUGGGUCUUCCGCCCAGACUCUCCUGCCGCGACUAAUAACCUGAACCCAAUUCUCUACUACGGUGGACUCGCACUCUUUGUAUUGGGCGAAUUAGCGAACCUCAAUGCCCACUUGAUCCUACGGGGCCUUCGACGACCUGGUACAACGGAGCGCGGAAUCCCGAAGGGAUUUGGAUUCGGCUUGGUAACAUGUCCAAACUACAUGUUUGAAAUCAUCGCUUGGAUUGGUGUCUAUCUCCUGACAAAUCUCAGCUGGAGUGUCCUUCUCUUCAUUGUUGUUGGCACCCUGCAGAUGUAUCAGUGGGCCAAAAAGAAGGAGCGUCGCUACCGCCAGGAGUUCGGUGAUAAGUACAAGCGCAAGCGUUUCACUGUCCUGCCACCUCUUCUUCCAUCAUCGCGGUUAUUUAUUGUGGAUGACACGAAAGUCAAUCACUUCACUUCUCAACCAGCAGUCGGUACUCCCAGAUGCACAAAUGAUUUGGAGGUUGUCGAAUACAAUGUUCUGGGAAAUCUUGACCUAGGAUUGGGUUUGUUUCGUGUUCUUUCCAAUCCCUCGUUGAAGCGCGCUGGCAACGACUGCGUUUCGUCCAUAGCUCCUCCUUUCGCUCCACGCACGUCUGUCUGGUCCCUUCAACGUCGCCGGCAGCUGAAGACUAUCGGGACCAUUGCGCUGGUGGUGAUUUUUCUGUUCUUCAUUCUCCCGCGAUUUGUCUCGUUCUCAAUCACUAGACCGAUUGCGGCCGCGAUCCCCUCCGGAACUGCGAAUAUCGUCUUAGUCACCUUGUUCGACAGAGAAACUCUGAGUGAGCGAUAUAUACAAUGGAUCACAAGUAACCGCGAAGACUAUGCGUCGCGCCAUGGAUACAAAACGUUUUUUGCAAACACGUCCGACUAUCUUUAUACUCUGCAAGACCAACAACCACGAAGUUGGGCGACCGUCCCUGCCGUCCGACAUGCAAUGGCCGAGAACCCCCAUUCAACAUACUUCUUUUUUCUCGACGUGAAUGCUUUUAUCAUGGAGCCCCGUCUCUCCCUUACGGCGCAUGUCCUGGAUCCGAAGCAACUUGAAUCAUUGAUGAUCAAGGACCAUCCUGUCGUGCCUCCAGAUAGCAUCAUUAAAACGUUUUCACAUUUGAAAGCGAAUGAUGUGGAUCUUAUCAUCACCCAGGAUGGUGAAGACUUGGUUCCUGGGAGCUUCAUCAUCAGACAAGGCGAUUGGGCCAGGUUCUUCCUAGAUGUGUGGUAUGAUCCGUUAUACCGGUCAUACAACUUUGCAAGAGCAGAGAAGCACGCAUUAGAUCACAUUGUUCAAUGGCAUGCAACAAUAUUAGCGAAACUGGCGCUCAUUCCUCAACGGAGUAUCAACUCCUACAGUAAAGAUUCACCAGAUGUCAGUGCCGAUGCCGAAGCUGCGAAGAAGAGUUGCAGCCAUAUCAUUCAAUGUGGCAGAGGAAGACGUCGCAUUUAA